UAGGACUGCACCCCAGCCCACCCCCAAACAGAAGCAACAUAGCCCAGGCCAGCUCUUAAGGAGUCAGGCAGUGAAAAGAGGCCCUCAGAGAGCUGAGGCCCAGUCGUGGGAGGGACUACGUCAGUCCACUGCGCAGGAGCAGGAGCCGCAGCCGAGGACUCAGUGAGGAGGUGAGGCCGGUGGUGGGACAUGGGUGAGGACCAGAUAAGAGGACACUCAGCGACCCCAGCCCUCCAUUCUGACUGUCCCCCCAGGAGAGAUGGCACCGACCAAAGCAGGAGUCUGCCCUCUGCUGCUGCUCCUGCUGCUGGGCCUGUGGGUGGCCAAGGUCCCAGUCAGUGCCAAGCCCAAACACAUGACCUCAGCUCAGUGGUUUGAAACUCAGCAUGUGCAACCCAACCCCGAGGGAUGCAAAAAGGCGAUGGGCAAAAUCAACAGGCACACAAAACACUGCAAAGGCCUCAACACUUUCCUGCAUGAAUCCUUCUCCAGUGUGGCUGCCACCUGUCACCUACCCACCAUAACCUGCAGGAACAGCCAUGAAAACUGCCACCAGAGCAAAGGGACUGUGUCCCUGACCAUGUGCGAGCUUACCUCAGGGAAGCACCCAGACUGCAGGUACAAAGAGAAGAAACUGAGCGCUUCUUACAUCGUGGCCUGUGACCCACCCCAGAAAGGGGACUCUGGAAAAUUCCACCUGGUUCCUGUGCACUUGGACAAAGUCCUUUAGGUUUCCAGUCUUCCUCACUCUUGGGCUGAGCUUUAAUCUCCUCUCCAGGCUGCUGCACUACUCCUUCUAUGCCCAAAAAGUUCUCUUCCUCUCAUUUCUUGGGGCCCUUCCUAGCUCUGGUUUUUCUGACAGGCUGAGGGGGAGCUGAGGGCAAUGCCUCAGUGGGCUAAAAUCCAGAUGAGAUGGGCUUUCAUCUCUUUGUUGCUGUUUUCCCAGAAACUUAUCCCCGAGAGAGGGGCUGAGCAAGCUCCGGGGUAGGGGGAUUCCCUGGUUUGUGCCUUGUACAGCUUUCCCCUGCCCCAUCUUAUUAUGGCAGCUUCACAAGGGGAGGAAAUAGAUGUCAGAGGUUAUAUGGGGUUUAUGGACAGAGCUGUUCCUGUUCCUAAACUAGAAAUCUUCCCCAGCUCUGACGUGAUAGUGAGGUGGCCUCUGUGCAGAGAGACAGCGGAAGGAAAGAAGACAACGUAUUACCACUUCGUAUUUACAUAGCAUUUCAGGCACGUGAGUCCCUUGUGAGACAGACUUGACGACUUCUGUAGGGAUGAGGAAAUUGAGAUUUCAGAAAACUUAAUUAAUUCAAGAGCUUGUGAAAUCGGUUGUAGAAGCACCUGGACUUGAACCUAAGUCUCCUCCCUCUACAUGCAGUGCACUAUCUACUUUACCAUUGGGCAAAAAAGGAGGGAACUUUGCAGGGACAGGAGAACUAGGUAAGAGUUCACCCAUGAAGAAAUGUACCCUGAGAGCACUGAAGAGCCAGUUGCCUUGUGAUGACUGAAAUAAAGGUCAUUACCUCUCUAGCCAAGGGACUGUUUACAAGGUGUUUCAAGGAUCUUAAUUCAUUGUCUCUCUCUCUCUCUGCCUCUCUAACUGCCCUUCCCCUUCUCCAGCCCACUGCUUUUCUGACCUGUGGGUGGGCCUGGCUCUGGUUAGAUCCCCUUGGCCUGAAGGCAGAGGGUAAGAGGAGUGUCCCAGCUUCAUCCCCUUGCUCCAGGUCACAUUUCCCUUGACCUCAAGAGACUUCCGUGGCCCAGAGCCUGCUUGUCACAAACAGGCUGGUGGGAGCUGCCAGAGCUUCCUUCCUCCUGAUAAUCAUCUCUCCUGCCUCAGUGCUUCCCUGGCUCUCCACUCUGGCAGUCUUCCCAGGCCACUGGGGUUGAGAUGUGGAAAUGCCACUUCCCUACCCCCUUGGGCUGCAGAUACCAUUUCUCCCUCCCUAGGGAACAGAGCUGGAGAAACUAUGGUUUUCUGUUGCCUCGGUCCUGACAGCCCCUCCCUCAUUGCCUGCAGCUCUGCCCAUCACCAGUCCCUUCUCUCUUCCUUUAUCUCCAUCCCAGACAAACUACACUACACCCCACACCAUCCUGCCUGCCCUCCUUCAGCACCCAGCUAAGUUGUUAGACCUUCCCUUCCCAGCUGGGGAAUCUACAUAUUGCUUCUAACAAUUCUAGUGCUCCUUUACUUCUUAUCAGAGUCAGAAGAAGCUUUGGAGCCAGGUAGAAGGGUGUAAAUCUUGACUCGACCUCAAGCCAACUACCGAAUCUCUCUGCAGCUGUGUUUCCCUAUAGCAAAAUGGGAGUAACUCCACCUACUGGACAGGAUUGUGGGGAGAUUUAGAAAUGACAUUUAUGAAGCUUUAGUCAGCCCCAGGCACUGGUAGGCAUGCAAUCAUGAUAACUAGUAAUACGUAGCAGUGGUAGUAGUAAUAGAAAUAUCCCUGUCCAGUCAUAUCCUCUUUUGGCAAACACUCAGACCGAGACUAAUACCCCAUUCAAUUCUCCUUAAGGGCUUCUUUCUACUGGCAGAAUCCUAUUAGGUGAGCUGGGUGGUUUGAGACAAUGAGGAGAGAAGGGAGGUAAGGGAUGACCAAAAGAAAAGGAGAACAGAACUUUGAACAAUUCAAGCACAGUGUGGGGCCGAUAAGUUGAUGAGUCCUAAAAGUAGAGAUGCACAAAAUACAUCACAGAGGCUUGAAAGAAGAGUUAUAUAAAAUAUACAUGGUGGCCAAAUGGCUGAGUGUAAAAUCUACAUGUCCUGUGAUCAUUAUACUAUACCUUUACCGUUCUAAAUAGGUUUUCAGCUGAGGUAUAAGAUACUUGGGCAUAGCUGAUUUUUCUCUUAACUGUAUUCUUUUUUCACAACUCUUGGUAUAUUCUUUAUUGAUGCUUUUCCUUAUGGGUAUUAUGGUUUUGAAGACAUCCUUCUCACAAAAUUUUGAAGUGGCUAAAAUUAUGACUUUAAUGCAUUCUCUUAAAAUGAGAAUUUCCAAAUAACGAUUUUUUCUUGAAAGACUCCUGAUCUAAAUAGUAUUAAGUAACUGAAAAUUAAACAUAAUUCAAAAGUAAUCUGUGGUGACAGGUAAAAAUCACCUUGGGGAGUACUAACUUGAAGGGGGUAAGAGGUAAACUGGAUAUGUUUUUUCUUGGUCCAGAUAUGUUUACUUUGUGAAAACUCAUUGAGCUGUACACUCAAGAUUUGUGUACUCACUGUGUGUAAAUUAUAUCUCAAUUUAAAAAUCCUCCUGAAAAGUAUAGUUCUUAAGGAUCAUUUUAUUUAACAUGAUAAAUGCUAACAUACCAAUCAAUUCUACAAAGAUUAUGAUAUAAUUAAAUCACAGGUAGAAUUAUGAUAUAAUCUAAUUUUAUUGUUCUGCCUUAUACUAUUUGUUAAAUUAAAUAGUACUUGUACUAUUUAUUG